UGCGCGAGGUUAUGGAUGAAACGGGCGCUUGGUGGCCGCGACUCUCGCGACUCCGCAAUAAGCACCGCGACAAAUCACCCCUCGUUGCCCUAAAAUUUGUGUUGCCUGCGAAGUGCGCAAUCUCACUUGCACUCUCACCGCAGGCACAAGUUCCGUUGGGGGCACAUCGCGUGGGCUCGUAGCGGAGCUGCAUCAAUUAGACGCUGCUGCCUUUCCUUGAGCUUCCUCCAUCACGUUUCAGGGUUGCCCGCAGGCAAGGCAGUGAUCUCUCCGUCCCCAGUUGUGGCAAAUCUGUUUGGUCGCGCCACCUCCGCGUCCCGUGGUGCUUUGUGAGGUUGUCAUGCAUGGAAGGCAUCGUGAUUCUUGGCGUGAGAAUCGGUUCGGGUGGGUGUUAGGUUUUCAUGUCCGAGGUUGGCUUUCACGCGGGCAGCGCUUCGUAUGUUGGAAACUGGAAGGACGGCCAAGUGAUGAUGUUAAGUAGAGGUCCAGAUUCCGGCAAGCGCAAGCGUGUUGGAUGAGUUGCAGGUUCCUAUACGCGUAUCGUUUCAUGCGGGACAGUUGUUUCCGGAUCGCUGAAACGGUGGGGAGAAUGCGUAGGGUCGGAUGUCGCGUAUCGGCAACGUGCGGGAGAGAAGCAGAGAGCGAGAGAGAGAGAGAGAGAGAGAGAGAGAGAGAGAGAGAGAGAGAGUAGUUGGAUGGUUGAAGCGGUUUUGGGAAUGGUGGUAGAUGGUGGUGUCGGCGUGUGUGAAUGUCCUGCAGCGAUGGGUAUUUUUGAGGAACGGUUGUGGUGUUGUGGCGGUGUAGUAUGUGGAGGAUGCAGAGGCAUGACUUUGUAGGAGUGGAAAGAUGUGAUCGUGUUGGUCGGAUGCGGAUGCGGAUGCGGUGGUUGAGAUUGGUGGAGUGGUGUGCAGGGUGAAGCGGGGGCGAGGGAGGGGGUGGUGAGAAUGGCGUCGGUGGAGGACAGCCCCGGGAAUGGAGCAUCGAAGAAGAGGGUGGCGUCGCGGCAGAUCACGAAGGACGACGACCCGGAGACGGAGGAGGAGGUGGCGGUGGAAGAGGGAGGGUCGUUCAAGAAGGCGCCGGAGGCGGUGCUGGCGAGCAGGCGAAUUGUGAAGGUGCGGCGGUCGGGAAACAUUGGCGCGCCUGCAGGGGGAGCGAACCCGUUCGCCUCGAUCCGGCUGAUACCUCCUCCGCAGGCCGCUGCGCAAGUCAGUGCAGAGGGCAGCGCAGAAGCGACUGGAAGCGGCGCAGACGGGGAGGUGGGAGCGUCCGGCGCCGAGGGAGGGCGCGCGGAGGAGAGCAAGCAGGAUGGCGCAGAGGAGGGGUCGGCGGAAGGGGGUUCCGCGGCUGCUGCGGAAGCAGCAUUGAAGGGGGCGGAGGGCGAGAGCGGCAGCGGAGUCGAAGGCACGAAGGUGUCGACGGAGGGUGGUGCGAGCAACGGAGUGUCGGCGGCGGCGGAGGCGGAGACGGGGGCAGAGGGGGCGACGGACGGGAAGGCAGGAGAGAGCGAGAGCGGGAGGGAUACGAGCGCUCCGGCGGUGUCGAGCUCGGAGACGUUUCAGCAGCUGUCAUCGGCGAAGAACGCAUUUUCUGCGUCUUUCGGGACGGGGUUUUCGUCGCAGAGCACAUCGGUGGGGAGCAGCGGGGCAGGGUUGGGAGGGUUUACGGGGGCGUCGGGAGGGUUUGGGUCGUUGGGAGGGUUCGCGGGGUCGACGGGCGGGUUCGGGUUGUUCGGGUCGUUCACGGGGGCAGCGGGCGGGUUGAGCUCGUUCGGGUCGUUGGCGGGUGGAUCGGGGGGCGUGGGGUCUUUGGGGUCGCUGGGCGGGGGAGGUGGUGCGGCGAGUGCGGGGCGUGCGGGCGCAGGAGGAGGGGGAGCGGUGACGCUGCAGGAGGUGGCGCUGGAGACGGGGGAGGAGAAGGAGAAGGCGGUGUUCGGGGCGGACGCGUCGCUGUUCGAGUUCCACGAGGGCGGGUGGAAGGAGCGGGGCAAGGGGGAGAUCAAGGUGAGCGUGCCGGAGGACGUACAGAGGAGGCCCCGGCUGGUGAUGCGGUCGAAGGGGAACCUGAGGCUGCUGCUGAACGCGAACAUAUUUCCCGACAUGAAGAUCACGAAGAUGGACAACAGGGGGGUGACAUUCGUGUGCGCGAACUCGACGGGGGACGGGAGCGCGAAGGCGAUGUUGACGACGUACGCGUUGAAGUUCAGGGAUCCGCAGAUCGCACGGGAGUUCAUGUCGACGGUGGAGAGUCACAAGGGGGCGGCGAGGAGCGCGGAGCCCCGGACACCGGAGAGCUCGCCGAAAGCGGUGGACAGACCGGCGGCGGAGGCGCGCGAGGAGGGGAGCAAGGACGUGGAAGCGGGGACGGUGGGCGAGAAGGCGUGAGGGAGGGAGCGGAACGAAGGAAGGAAGGAAGGGGGAGGGGUGUGAUUUUUCUUGGAAGGCCUGGUCCGCAACGGACGUAGGACGAGAAGAGGACCCGGAGGCGUGGGGGCGCGGGAGGGUCGGUGCGGGGACGUGGAGAGGCGUAGAUAAGGCAGCGGAGGCGGAAUAGGAAUAGAGGGUGGCAAGGUGUAGGGUGGCAGGCAUAUUGUAGCGAGGGUGCGAUAGAGGAGAAGACAUUUUGUAUUUUCAGUAAUCGGCAGGCGUGAAUGUCCCGACAGUGGGUUGAACGAACGAUGUGAGCGUGAAGGGUUGGAUGAUGUGGUGCACAAUGUGAUGAGAUUGAGUAGGACGGGACCAAGAGCCCAUGAUUUGGUGGCA